CGAGUUCCUUUUACGGCGUCGUUUGUUCGCUACUUUUCCUUAUUUAAGUUCCUGGAAAUCAGACGCCUCUCUCUACUUUUCUCUCGCAUAAUCGCUCUCGCCCAAAUCCAAUCCAUCCUUACCUCCGGAUCGUAGCAGGCUGUAUUGCUAGGUUGCCAACAUGCCGGCCACCGCGGGGAGGGUUCGCAUGCCGGCGAACAACCGGGUGCACAGCAGCGCUGCCCUACAGACCCAUGGCAUAUGGCAGAGCGCGAUUGGGUAUGACCCGUAUGCGCCGAACAAAGAAGAGAAGAAGAAUAAACCUUCUCAGAAAAGCUCCGUCUCUGAGCCUGAGCCUGAGAAUGCCUAUGCUAGUUUCCAGGGUUUACUUGCUCUUGCCCGUGUAACGGGAUCUAAUGCUGAUGAGGCUCGUGGUGCUUGCAAGAAGUGUGGGAGGGUUGGGCAUUUGACAUUCCAGUGUAGGAAUUUUUUGAGUGCUAAGGAUGAGGGGGAAGGCAAGGACCCAGAAGCGAUCCAAGCUGCAGUUUUGUCUGGCUUGGAGAAGUUGAAGGGAGAAAGAGUGAAGGUGAAGGGGAAAAGUGAGAUGGAGAGUGAGGAGAGCAGUGAAGACGAGAGCGAGAGUUCUGAUUCCGAUUAUGACUCUGAGAUGGAGAGGGCUAUAGCAGAGAAAUUCGGAAGAAGGGUUAGUGGUGGUAAGUCGAGGAGUAGUAAGAGUAGGCAGAGGAAUGAUAGUGAUGAGUCGGAUGAUGACGAGUCAGAGGGGAAGUCUAGAAAGAGGGUGAGGAAAGAGAGAGGGAGGUCGAAGAAAAGGAGUAAGAAGAGAGGAAAUAGUUAUUCCGAGGAUGAAGAUGAUGGAAGAAGAAAGAAAAGGAAGGAAAAUAUGAGGAGAAGGGAUGAGUCUUCUGAUGAGGAGGAGCGCAGAGGAAGAAAGAGGAAGAAGAGUAGGAAGGAGAAGGACUAGCUUCUACGUUAGGUGAUAUGUUUUGUACUUUUAAGAAUACUCGGAUGAUGAGUUUCUUAAUGAAAACCUUUUUAGCUUAGUGGACAAUGCAUUAGUUUGGUAUAUUUGUUGUUUUUUAGUUUAAUGUAAUGUAUCAUAUUAAUUGUUUUGUUCUUUUGGUCGUAAGAUUUUUUAUAUUUACUGAGUAUGAUACGUGUGAUUUCGACA